ACUUGACAAACUUUAACACUUAAAUCUGUAUUUAAGUUUCGUUUCGAUGGUCAACGACUCCUGAAAAGCUGUCGCCUUUUCUGGCUCCUCACUUAGCUUCGAUGACAAGCACUCCACUUUUCCAUAUAGAAUUACGACCCACUGCUCAAUUACUGCCAGUUUAUGCCCUUUUAAGCCAAUUCGUUUGUGUUAUUCUUUUUUCGGGAUGUCAUCUUAACGACUUUUACUGAUGCAAAGACACUUCAAACAGACUAUUGUUUCCGAAAGAACAUAAUGCCCACCCGAAAGUUCAUUUCUCGUCUACUUGUUCCUAAUUGAAAUUUAAUUGAAGAUGAUUCGUCACACUCUCCUCAUCAAUCCACUCACUCGCAGUCUGAAAUGUCUUUUUAUGGCAAAUAAGGGUCUGAACCGCUUCAAUCAUCAACCUGCUGUCUCCAUGACAACCCCUCCACUAGUGUCACCUUUUACCGGGCAGCUACCGCCUCAGCAGCAGCUGCAGCAGCAGCAGGCCCAGGCAGCUCGUGAUGUUAACACGGCCUCGCUGUGCCGCAUUGGUCAGGAGACUGUCCAAGACAUUGUCCUCAGGACCAUGGAGAUCUUCCAGCUCCUCAGGAACAUGCAGCUGCCUAAUGGAGUCACUUACCACCCCAACACCCACCAGGAUAGACUGGGGAAACUCCAGGAACAUCUUCGUAUGCUUUCUGUGCUGUUCCGCAAGCUGCGCCUUGUCUACGACAAAUGUUCCGAAAACUGUGCUGGGCUAGACCCAAUACUUCCCGAGCAACUGAUACCCUUUAUGGAUGACGAUGGCACCAAACAUGAUGACCACUCAGCCGGCCAGAACCGCCCUACUGCCGAGGACAGGAGAGAAAUCCAGGAGGUCAACAAGGGUCGCAGGCGUGCUGGAGCCGAUGCCAGCUAUCUUCAGGCGAGAAGCGGGGUACAACCUGAACUGCUCGCCAGCCAAUCAAGCUGAAGCAGAAGAACCAGCAGCUGAAGCAGAUUAUGGAUCAAGUCCGCAACCUCAUCUGGGAAAUCAACUCCAUGCUGGCCGUCAGAAGCUGAAGCAUAAACCACAGUCCGCACGCGCGUAUGCACGUACACGCAGCCCGAGGGCAAGUGGAACCCAUGAAGAUACGGCAGAUUUGCUGAGGUGGCACUUUACUGACAAAGCGAAGACUUUAUUUCCUGACGAGGAAAGUGGAAAGAUGAAGACGAAAGGGCGUCACUCUAACCCAGCGGUGAGUUGGAAGUAGGCAAAACAUGGUUGGUGGUGAUAUUUUCGGACAUCUGUCUACCUCAAUUGUCAACGUUUUAAUCAGCAUUGAUUUCAAUUGAUUCUCGGUGUUUUAAUGUAUUUGUAGCUCCACAGAGUUUAUAUCUGUAGAAACACAUCAAAUCUAUUCAAUCCUCUUAUUUUGUGCGAAUGAUGAGCUUAAAUGUCUUAAAUGUUUCACAUUUAAUAAAC